CGCCCAGUGCGUAGCACGGGGACAAAAUCUAGCCAUUGGAGGGAAGCAUAUUCUCCUGUGUUGAUUUUAGGUUCUUCAUUUUACGGUUUGAGAUUGUGAAUUAUAACAAUGUUUAUUCUUUCAUCUAUAUGAAUUCAGUCAGAUCCCUAACCAGGUUUGAAUGUUUCAUUAAUAGCGGUGGUGAAGGUUGCAGGGUUUCACAAACUUUUCUUGAAGUAAUGAAGUAGAUUAUUCAAGAAUUUGGAUCUGUGUAUGCCUAUGAGUAGUCAGAGAGAAACAGAGAAUUAUUUGAUUGAGAGAGAGCUGGAUGGAGCUAAAGUCAGGGAAGAUUGUGUUGUAGCUGUGGUUUCUAAGGGAAAAGUGGUUGAAUACCCUAUUACAUUAUGCCAAUGCAUUCUGGCGACGACAUGGUUGAUGAUUUGGAUCUCAAUGGUACAACGACGUCAACUCUAUACAACCCUGCCUUUGAUCUAUUGUUCGGCCAAUCCUGAAGAUGUUUUGAUCGUUGAAGAUGAAAAUGGCAAUACUGUGCUCUCAAAUCUUCCGAAGAUGGUACCUCUCCUCCUUCCGCAUGAUGUCUUAUAAAAAACAUUUGCAAGGAUUUGGUAUCAAGUUAGGAUAGAAGAUAUGACAUCCAUCGAAGCUAAUGAAGGAAGAAUAAACAGAAUAUUAGGAAUGAGUUGCGGAUCUGCAGUAACGCGUCCGACUAGCAAAACUUGACACUCUAAAAAGAUAUGAGACCAGCAUUUCCAAGAGCUACGUCGUCUAAUUUUUUGAUUUUUGUAAUAGUAUUUUUUUUAAAAGGAUCAGUUGUUUUUAAGCCUUGGAUCCUCAUGCUCAAAAAAUGUGUAAUUGUAGCACUAUGACAAUCUCUUUGGAUCCUCAUUCUCAACAUCCUUUUAAAUUAAUUGGACAUGUGAAAUCUAAAUUGAA